ACAUAGUGAUUCCGAAGCACCAGUCGUGGUUUAUUAUUCAAUUAAUUAAGUUACAAACCUGUUGUCUUGUAUUUAAAUUCCUUACAGUAUUAGCAAUGAUUCGAUAGUGGGUUGUACGUUUGUGUCUGUGGAAAAUGGAAUUGAGCGAUACAAGCGAAGAAGGGAGUAGAAGUGUUAUCAGAAUAAGUGGUCUGUCCGUCUGGACGCCAGAGGAGAAAUCUUGGUGGAGGCGUAAGGUUAUAAAGCCAAGCACUCUUAUAUUAAAUAACAUUUCAGGAUGCAUCAAAGAAGGAGAGUUUGCGGCCAUUCUUGGACCAAGCGGUGCCGGUAAGACCACAUUCCUGGUAUCAUUGGCUGGGAAGUGCCAAAUGCCCACGCGGGGGGUGGUGACGCUGGGCGGGCGGGACGUGCGCCUCACGCAGGGCGCGGUGGAGAUCGUGCCGCAGCACGACGUGUUCAUGCCGGGGCUCACUGUUGAUGAACAUUUGGUGUUCAUGACCGAAUUGAAAGUUGGAAAUUGCAAGACUGAUAGAGUUAAGAGAAUGCUGAGAGACUUAAUGAAGGAGAUGAACCUUAAAAACAUCGCUCGGACCAACAUCAGCAAACUGUCCGGAGGCGAGAAACGAUUGCUGUCAUUGACUACUUCGCUGCUGUCCAGUCCUCAGAUCCUGAUGUGCGAUGAGCCAACUACCGGUCUGGACAGUUACAACGCGUUGUUGGUCGUGGACACCUUGAAGAAGUUGACCCUGUGUGGGAAGGCGGUAAUCUGCACUGUACACCAACCUUCCAUGGAUUUGCUGAAGCAGUUCAGCUCUAUAAUGCUGAUGGCCGAUGGCAAGUUACUAUUCCACGGAAGCCAUGAUGAAUGCAAAGAUAUGUUUGAAAGUUUAAAUCUUUAUUGUCCCAAAAACUACAAUCCAGCUGAGUUCUACAUUCGCGAAGUGUCCCGCCUCAGUCCUGAGCUGACUGGUAAGAUGGAAGCCACGUACCAACCUUUAUGCGAUACGCCAAAUGAGUUCCCGGCAAGGAAACCAGUUUACAGGCGAAAUUGGUUUAAACAAGUCCAGCUUUUACUAUGGCGAUCAUCACUAACAUUCAGCAGAGAUUUAAAAGGGCAAUUAUUUCAACUGUUCGUAAAUGUUGUAGUCACUUCUCUCGUGAUCGGCACGUGCUACGUCGGCAUCUCUGGCACGAGCCAGCGCGGCGUGCAAGACCUCCGCGGUCUACUGUGGCUGAUGACGAGUGAGGUGUGCUUCGCCUUAGCCUACAGCGCCCUCUUUGCGUUCGAGGAGGACCUGUCGCUGUUCAAGCGGGAAGUCGGCACGUAUAGCUGCUCGUCGUACUACGUCGCUAGGCUUUUGGGAUACGUUCCACGCUGCGUGGCGUGGCCGCUGGUCCUGGUGUUGCUCAUGACGCUAGCAGUGCAGCUGCCGCAGCACGCGCUGACUGCUACCAAGUUCUUCGUUACGCUCUCAUUCGCCGCUGUCGCUGCAUCGGCGUAUGGUUUGGGUAUGGGUGCACUGUUCACUUCUACGGGUGCCAUGGGUGACGUGAUGCCGUGUGCUGAUCUUCCCCUGUUCCUCAUGUCAGGGGCUUUCCUGAGGGUAUCAUCUCUCCCCUUCUGGCUGCAACCGCUGAGGUUCCUGUCGCAUUUCUACUACGCCAUGGACGCUGUUAGCAAUAUCUAUUGGCGGCAGAUUGGACACAUUGAUUGUCCGACAAAUUCUACUUCGGUUUGCUUCAACGAUGGUGCUUCAGUGCUGGUGGAAGCUGGCUACUCCACGAAUUUCAUCCUUCAGGAUUCCUUGGGAAUGCUAGGCGUGACUGUCUUCUGGAGCAUCUUAGCUUACUACGGCUUAAAACGAGAAGAGAAGAAAGGUUACGCGUAUUAACUAAUUUAUUUAUAGGAAUUAAAAUUAUCAAAUAAAAUUGUUGCGUUCAAUAAAUUGUUUU